GUAGUCUCGCCGAGGCCUGAUGGCAGACUUUGCACAGGCGCGCAUAAGUUGUCUAUGAAUUAGCUACCAUGAUCAAGUAUCAUGUUCAUCACGAGUACUAUCAGCAUCUAAUACCCGAUUUGCCCUUCACUCCCGAUCUUUAUCUCCAAUUCCAGACAUGGCUGCCAAGGCCAAAGCAUCGCCUCUGCUCACUCUCCCGACUAUUCGUCUCAACCACCUCCGAUCCGGAGAUGCUGCCGAGAGCAAGAAAUUGAUUGGCGCCUGCCGGAACUGUGGCUUCUUCUAUCUUGACUUGAGUAGCGAUGAUAUCCUGUGUCGGCAGUGGGAGGAGAUGCUUGCUUCAAUGAAGGACUAUUUCGGACAGCCGCUCGAUGUCAAGAUGCAGGACGCGCGUCAGAGCGAUAACUACGGAUACGAGCCUCAAGGAACCCAGGUAGGCCCCUGGCCAGAAACUGUCGACGGAUACGAAACCCUCAAGAUAUCGCGCCGGGAGUUUCUCAAAGGCUCGACCGACCUCACAACAGCGUCAGCGCUGGCUAAGACGGAGUUAUUCUUCAGCUUCUCACGCAAGGCGCACGAAGUUACGAUGAUAAUACUACAGAGGCUCUCUGACGAGAUGGGCCUCGCGGGUGACGACCGUUUUGAAGCCUUCCACAACGACACAAUCCCGUCACUCACCAACCUUACGCUGUUGCGAUACCCGAAGCACAACGAGCUGAAGGGAAGCAGCGUGGGUCACAACAAGCACACCGACAUUGGCUCACUCACCUUUUUGCUUGCUGAACAGUGGGGCCUUCAGGCCCUCUCGCCGGAUCAGGAGACCUGGGGUUUUGUUGAGCCUCGUAGCAAGCACGCCGUCAUCAAUGUUGGCGACAGCUUGCGUUUCUCUUCCAUGGGACAGCUUCUUUCGGCAGUGCACCGCGUUAUUCCGAUACAUGAGAAGCAGGACGAAGAUCGUUACAGCGUUGCUUACUUCCUGCGCAGAGGUAACGAUACUCUGUUCCGCGACGGCACCGGAACGAUUUGGACAGCGAAAGAAUGGCACGACUUCAAGUUCAAUGCUUUCCGCGCCCCUACCUCGCCUAUGCAGGUGUUGACGGGAAUGAUGGAAAAGAACGAUGUGCAUGUUGGCUAUAUAGAGAAGACUGGAGCGGCGGACGGCGAUUGCUAUUGGUGAUGCGCCUAUCUCCCUUAAUCUAUCUCCCUGCGACUGCUGCGGGUCAGGCCUUGUUUGUCUUAAUUGGGCAUCGCGCUGGAUCCGACCCCCUUUUUGCUCCUCUUUUUGGCCUAGAUCGGUGGACUUGACCAUGGCGCCACCUAUUACAGUCUUACUCUAUCCGAUAUAUAGCCACGGAUCGCUGGCUUUCCGUAACCCUAACUUCCUUAUUCCGUUUAGCGCGUCGGCUAAGCGAGCAGCGAACGACUGGAAUCCGUCAAACAGAACCCCUGGAAUCCGUCCC